GGAGGCGAUGGACUGAGCGGAGCCGCGCCAUGGAGUCUCUGGGGUUGCUGAAGACCCUCUGCUGGCUUUGCGCUCUCGGAGCAGUUUGGGGGCUUGGUGUGGAUCCCUCCCUGCAGAUUGACGUCUUCACCGAGUUGGAGCUGGGGGAGUCCACGGCCGGAGUGCGCCAGGUGCCGGGGCUGCACAAUGGGACCAGAGCCUUCCUCUUUCAAGACACCCCCAGAAGCAUCAAGGCGCCCACUGCCACAGCGGAGCAGUUUUUCCAGAAGCUGAGGAAUAAACAUGAGUUCACUGUGCUGGCCACCCUGAAGCAGGCCCCCUUAAAUUCAGGAGUCAUUCUCUCCAUUCACCACUUGGAUCACAGGUACCUGGAACUGGAAAGCAGCGGCCAUCGGAAUGAGGUCAGACUGCAUUACCGCUCUGGCAGCCACCGUCCUCACACGGAGGUGUUCCCAUACAUUCUGGCUGAUGACAAAUGGCACAAGCUCUCCCUGGCCAUCAGUGCCUCCCAUUUGGUUCUCCAUGUGGACUGCAAUAAAAUUUAUGAGAGGGUGGUGGAAAAGCCCCACACAGACCUGCCUGUGGGCACAACGUUUUGGCUGGGACAAAGAAACAAUGCGCAUGGCUAUUUCAAGGGUAUAAUGCAGGAUGUGCAAUUGCUUGUCAUGCCCCAAGGAUUUAUUGCUCAGUGCCCAGAUCUUAAUCGCACCUGUCCGACUUGUAAUGACUUCCAUGGACUUGUGCAGAAAAUCAUGGAGCUACAGGAUAUUUUAGCCAAAACGUCAGCCAAGCUGUCCCGAGCCGAGCAGCGGAUGAACAGGCUGGAUCAGUGCUACUGUGAGAGAACAUGCACCAUGAAGGGCGCCACCUACAGAGAACUUGAGUCCUGGACAGAUGGCUGUAACAACUGCACGUGCCUGAAUGGGACUAUCCAGUGUGAACCCCUGGUCUGCCCUGUGCCUGAGUGCCCGCUGAAGUCAGCUCCAGCCUACGUGGAUGGCAGGUGCUGUAAGGAGUGCAAAUCAAUAUGUCAGUUUCAAGGACGAAGCUACUUUGAAGGAGAAAGAAGUACAGGCUACUCCUCCUCUGGAGUGUGUGUCCUGUAUGAGUGCCAGGACCAGACCAUGAAGCUGGUUGAGAGUUCAGGCUGCCCAGCUUUGGACUGCCCCGAGUCUCAGCAGAUCACAUUGUCUCGCAGCUGCUGCAAAGUCUGUAAAGGUUAUGACUUCUGUUCUGAGCGACACAACUGCAUGGAGAACUCUGUCUGCAGGAAUCUGAAUGACCGGGCCGUGUGCAGCUGCCGAGAUGGCUUCCGGGCGCUGCGUGAGGACAACGCCUACUGUGAAGAUAUUGAUGAGUGUGCUGAGGGGCGCCAUUACUGUCGUGAGAACACGGUGUGUGUGAACACCCCUGGCUCCUUCGUGUGCAUCUGCAAGGCGGGCUACAUCCGGAUUGACGACUACUCCUGUACAGAGCAUGAUGAGUGUGCCACAAAUCAGCACAGCUGCGAUGAUAAUGCCUUGUGCUUCAACACCGUGGGAGGACACAACUGUGUGUGCAAGCCUGGCUACGUGGGCAACGGAACCAUGUGCAAAGCAUUUUGUAAAGAUGGCUGUAGAAAUGGAGGCGCCUGCAUUGCAGCUAACGUGUGUGCCUGUCCCCAGGGCUUCACCGGACCCCACUGUGAAACGGACAUUGACGAAUGCUCGGAAGGCUUUGUGCAGUGUGACAGCCGUGCCAGCUGCAUCAACCUGCCCGGAUGGUACCACUGUGAGUGCCGGGAUGGCUACCAUGACAACGGGAUGUUCUCUGCGAGCGGGGAGUCAUGCGAAGAUAUCGACGAGUGUGGCACCGGGAGGCACAGCUGCGCCAACGACACCAUCUGCUUCAACUUGGACGGCGGGUACGACUGCCGCUGUCCUCACGGCAAGAACUGCACAGGGGACUGCGAGCACGACGGCAAGGUGAAGCACAGUGGUCAGAUCUGGGUGCUGGAGAGCGACCGCUGCUCCGUGUGCUCGUGCCAGAGUGGCCUCGUCAUGUGCCGCCGCAUGGUCUGUGACUGCGAGAACCCCACCGUUGAUCUGUUCUGCUGCCCCGAGUGUGACCCCAGGCUGAGUAGUCAGUGCCUCCACCAGGACGGGCAGACCGUGUACAACAGCGGUGACACCUGGGUGCAGCGGUGCCAGCAGUGUCGCUGCUUGCGAGGGGAGGUGGACUGCUGGCCGCUGGCCUGCCCGGACGUGGAGUGUGAGUUCAGUGUUCUCCCAGAGGGCGAGUGCUGCCCACGCUGUGUCAGCGACCCCUGCCAGGCCGACACCAUCCGCAACGACAUCACCAAGACUUGCCUGGACGAGAUGAGCGUGGUGCGCUUCACGGGCUCAUCGUGGAUCAAGCAUGGCACCGAGUGCACGCUCUGCCAGUGCAAGAACGGACACAUCUGCUGCUCUGUGGAUCCACAGUGCCUUCAGGAGCUGUGAAGCCAGCCAUCUCAAGAGCUCUCAGUUUAGAGAAUGUAGUUUCAUUUAAAAGACCAAAACAAGUUCAAACUGAAACUGGGUGGCGUGCGGGCAGCCACAUGCAGCUUGGUUGGUAACUAAGCAC